AGCAAAAUGGCCGAUAGUAAACUAACCGAUCACACAGCGUCUGACAGUCAUCAGCGGGUUAUGCAUGUUUUGUUUACAGCCUGAGGACUACAGUCGCUCUAAAAGGAUACUCGCCUUUCCUCCGUUUUUUCUACGAUUAACAUUUCGGUUUUCGGUGAUGUCAUUUCUUAUUCUAUUUAGCCUUGAACGCCUCGAAGAACUAGCUCGCUAGGCUAGCUACUUAGCUAGCCUGCUAGCGGUAGGUCUGCGAGAAUUUUUGCACAGAAGCACUUUAUGUCCUCUGUGAUUCCCGAGACAGGAGAAUCAGGAAAGGGAACAGUGGUUCAUGGAAGACAAGAAAAAGAAGAAAGAAGAUAAAAAGAAAAGGGAAACCUCUCAGAAGGUGCCAGAACAAAAAAUCAAAGUGCCAGAAUCAGCCAAGCCCUCCUCCUCCCAGCCACUCACCACCACAGGCUCAGUGUCCCCCAGCCCUGGCCCUCUCGCCCCCUCGUCCCCCAACCCUGGUGCAGCCGGGGUUUCUGCACAGGUUCCUCCUGGUGGUGGGAACAAUGCAAAGCAGCGGACUGCUGUGGCCAACGGACAGCCCUCCACCUCCUCUUCCUCCUCCUCCCCCGCUGGAAGCCAGACAUCCCAACAGCAGCGAUACAUGUCGAGAGAGGUUCCACCGAGGUUUCGCUGCCAGCAGGACCAUAAAGUGCUACUGAAGCGGGGCCAGCCGCCGCUGUCCUCCAUGCUGCUGGGGGGAGGAGGGGGGGAAGGGGGCGCAGGUAGUGGCUGGGCAGAUAACCCCAAUGCAAACACAGCUGGAGGCACAGAUUCCAACCUGGGCUCAUCAUCUGCUUCACCCCCGACCUCCUCCUCAUCUUCAUCAUGUGUCGCUGCUCAGUCGUCGUCGUCUUCUACUACUACUUCAACUUAUGCAAAUUCCACAUGGGGGGCGGGCUCUGGCAGCCUGUCCUCCUCUCAGGGCUGCGGGAAGGUGAUGGUGGAUGGGACUGACCUGGGGGACUGGCCCAGCAUUGUAAGCGGGGCCAAAGCGAGCGCUGACGGAUCCGGAGGAGGGCUGCAGGAACAAGACUGCCCUGGUAACAACAACAACAACAGCAGUGCCUCAUGGAGUGAGAAAACCAUCCAGCAGAAGGGAGGAGCAGGAGGAGGAGGAGGAGCGAACACGGACAAUCCUCCCUCACCUCGUUCUUCUCCUCUUUCCUCCUCUUCCUCGCUUAAUGAAUGUGUUCAGACGAGCAGUGGUGGCGUGUGGGGCUCCUCCUCUCAGGCGGAGGCUGGGCUCGGAUCAGCAGCAUUUUACAAUUCCAAAGUCUCCCAUCUUCUUCCUGGGCCUCAGGAGGGCCCCGCGGGUGGCAGCAGCAGUGCCCCUGGUGCCAACUUCAACCCAAACAUGAACCCGUCUGCCUGGCCCGCCCUGGUGCAGCCUGGGACAUCAACGUCAGCUAGCGACGGCCUUCCUCUACACCCAUCCAUCACUUCAGUGUCCUCGUUCUCUGCCAGCACCCCGCUCAUCACCACUCACUCUCUCUCAUCUGUGAAUCAAACUGGUCUCCUACAGCAGCAGCACACUGAGACAGCUGGGGGAGAACCGCAGCACUUAGGAAACCCGGGGCACGAGUCCAGUUCAGGGGGUGGAGCCCGAGGUGCAGGACCAAAUCAGGAAGGAGUCGAUGAAAGGGACUGUGGGACUGCGAGAGUCGAAGGAGAAGGGAUGAAUAAUCUUUCUGGUUCUUCGUCUUCCUCCUCUGCUGCCUCUUCUUCUUGGAGAUCCAUGCCUCCAGCACCUCCUGACCUUAGCGCUGGCGUGUCACAGGCGGACGGAUGGGGUGGAGGAGGGGGCGGAGCUCAGGUGCAGGAAGGGAAUGUGUGGGGCUUUGGUGGUCUGGGUGGUAAGACGGGCUGGGGCGUGGGGAGUGAUAGUGGCUCAAAUACCACAGCGGUAUCUCAGGGAGCGUUGGAAGGAGGCGGUUCAGAUGCAGAGUGGGGGGGCGCAGAGGGUGGAGUCGGUUCGAGUAACCCAGCAAUAGAAGGAGGAGGAGGGGACGGGAACGGUGGCAGCGUGGUACAGGAAUCUGCCUCACCAAAGUUCGCAUCUAUGACAAAAGCUUGGGACAAUCAGAAAGGGACAGAAAGUGGGGAAGGGGCGGUUGGGGAGUGGGGAGGGCAGGGUGGAGGUACAGGAGGUGGACGACCUUCGUCGUCGAGCGGAGGGGGGUCCAUAGCUGGCAGUGGUGGAGAUGAUAGUGAUGGAGGACAGAAACAGGAGAACACCAAGUCCGUACACCAUGAAGCCCAGAAGACCUCCAAUGCUGAAGUGGCCUUACUGAGCAUGCUCAGUAGAUCUGACCUGGACCCCCGGGUUCUGUCCAAUAAGGGCUGGGGGCAGACGCAGAUCAGACAGAACGUGGCCUGGGAUCUGGACUCUAAGAGAGGAAACAGGAAUGAAAGAAGUGCUCCAUCUUUCUCGUCCAUGAACAGUACUAACAGUUCAGCUGCUGGCUACCUGUCCAAUCACAGUGCAGGGAGGGAGGGAUGGGACAGCAGCACACCCACCUGUGCUCCUCAAAGCAGGAAGCCAGGAACACCUGAACAAGAGAUGGAGGCCAAUCAGAGUGCUGCAGCUGGUGGAGGUUGGGGAGAGCCCCCACCUGAGAGCCAGAGCAAAGGGUGGGGCUCUGAGGAGCAGUGGGGAGGUCACAGAGGCAGAGGAGGGGGCUGGAGAGACUUUGGAGAUCAGGGUAGUGGCUGGACUGAGGGUCCAGAGGAUAAAGGGACAGGGGGAUGGAAGGGAGCGGGACGAGGGCGAGGGGAGGGAGGAGGCUGGGGGGGAGACUGGGGUCAGAGAGACUCAGUACCUGGAGGUGGUAACGGGCGGGGCAGAGGUGGGAGCCAUGAUGACGGAGCUUCCUGGGGUAACUUAGAUGAAGGGGGAUCUCAGCGAGGAGGGUGGGGAGGGAGUGAUGUGGGUGGUGCUAAACCCCACACAGACUGGGACAGUGCCAAGCCCCUCCCAUCAGCAGCGCACGCACCAAACAGCCACGUGGCACCAAUGAAAGCCCCAAACACACAGCAGCACCAAUCACAGGGUCAGCAGCAACAAGGAGGGUGGGGCGGCCGCUCUGGCAUUGCAAGUGGAGGUCCGCCAUCCAAGAAUCAGAACCAAAGUCCAGGCUGGACCUCGGGCCCCAUCCCCCAAAUCCAAGGGGGAGGGGCUGACUCCCUAGAGCCCAGCGGCUGGGAGGAGCCGUCUCCUCAGUCCAUCAGCCGGAAAAUGGAGAUUGACGACGGCACGUCAGCAUGGGGAGAUCCGACCCACUACAACAGCAAGAAUGUGAAUCUGUGGGACAAAAAUAGCGCCACAUCUGACCAAAGCCACUGUCAGCAGGCUCCGCCUCCAACGUCCAUGCAGCAACAACCACCUAGGAGGCAGCAGGUGCUGCAGCAUGGCCGGGACACCAACCCUCCUAACGCUGCUGUCGCUGCAGGUAUGUGGGGAGGAGGUGCACCAUCCGUUGAUAACGGUACUGCUGCUUGGGGCCAGGCGUCAGACUCAGCUACAGGUUGGGGUGAUCCAGAUGAACCCGGCAAAGCUUCUGGCUGGGGGAACCCUUCACCCAACCUCGGAAAACCUGGUACCAAGUCCAUGGAGAGCUGGGGAGGAAAGGGAGACAGCUCAGUUGCAGCAUCCCGACACCCGAGCUGGGAUGAGGAGGAUGAUGGCGUUGGAGGAGUGUGGAACAGCGCCGGCUCCCAGGGGAGCAGCUCCUCCUUCAACUCAGGAGGCUGGGGUCAGAGUCAUGUCGGAAAAAGAGGAAACAUCAAGGGUGGAGGUGGGGACAGCUGGAUGAACCCAGUGUCACGGCAGUUUUCAAAUAUGGGUCUCCUGGGUGAUGACCCAGGUGUUGACAAAAAGAUGGACGGAGACAAAAGAGGAAUGAAUGAAUAUAACGGAGAGAUGCGAAGAGGAGGAAGAAGUGGAGGAGGUUAUCGUAUGCCUGGUUCCAAAGACAUGGGUCCUGUAGACAUGGGGCCCUAUGGUGACAAGAUGGGCGGUCAUGGCGUGUUCGUUGGCAGUGGCGGAGGGAUGCCUCCGCCACGAGGGAUGCACCAGCCGGGCGUGCAUCCAAUGAACCCCUCCCAGGGGAUCCGUGCUCAAGUGCCUCAUCAGUUCCUGUCUGCUCAGGUGCCGGGUCCAAUGCUGAAGCAGAUGCCCUCUCCUGGUGGCAGCGUGGGAGGAGUGGGAGGAGUGGGAGGAGUGGGAGGAGUGGUUGGAGGAGUGGGAGGUGUCGGUGGUGUUGGAGGUGUCGGAGGUGUCGGAGGUGUCGGAGGUGUUGGUGGUGUCGGUGGAGGCGUGUUUCCUCCUCAGAUUUCGCCGCAGCAGCUCGCAAUGCUCAGCAACAUUUACCCCCAGAUGCAGCAGUUCCAUCUGGCUUGUCAGCUUUUGCUUCAACAACAACAACAGCAGCAACUUCUGCAGAAUCAGAGGAAGUUUCCACAGCCUCAGCCUCUCAGACAGCAGCCUGACCCACAGCAGCUGGCGAGGAUUAUGGCAAUCCUGCAGCAGCAGAGGCAGCAUCAGCAGGGUGGAGUCGGAGGAGCAGCAUCAGGAGGAGGAGGCUCCAAACUGUCUCCCUCUCACCUGGGAGGAGGCCUCUCUAAACAACCGAUUGGAGACCCCCUCCAGCAUCCUGGACUGGGGGGGCCCUUAUCAGACCUUCAUGCCAAAACACAAGGGAUGUACUCUGGACUCGCUCCUGGUGGAAACCUGUCCGGUCUGGAGCUUGGUCCAAUGAUUGGAGGGAUGAAGGAUACGGGAGGUCAGCAGUCUCGUUUUAAAUGGAUGAUGGAGGGACACUCCCCGGCUCCGUCUCCCCCUGACACAACCCUUCACAAGAACGGCCCUUUACCCAGUGCUUUAAAGGUGAGAGGAGGAUCCCCUUACUCCCAGUAUGACAUGCUGGGUGCUGAUGGUUCGGGGAUUCCCCCUCAGGGCUCUGCAGACAGCUGGCACCGGACCCCUGGCAGUAAGAUGGGGAACAAACCGGCCACGUCCAGCUGGCCACCAGAGUUUCAGCCUGGUGUUCCCUGGAAGGGGAUCCAGAGCAGCGGAGACCCAGAGUCCGACCCCUACAUGACCCCUGGUGGUGUUCUCGGUUCCCCUGGACCCCCGAACCUCAACGACUCUGACCACCAGUUACUGCGAGACAACAUAGGGCCAAACCCCUCCCUCAACACCUCGCUGCCUUCACCUGGUGCCUGGCCCUACAGUGCCUCAGACAGCCCGCUCAGCAAUGCACACAGCACAGGAAAGUACUCGGAGUACAAGCCCAGCUGGCCCCCAGAGCCCAUCGGACAAAACAAGAUGUGGAAGACCAAUCGCAACAGCUCACAGCUGCCACGCCCCCCUCCUGGCUUAACCAAUCAGAAGCAGGCCUCACCCUCCCCAUGGGGAAGCGGAGGCCCGCGUCUGGCCCGGAGCUGGGGAGGGGGCGGGAUCAAUCAAGAGUCAAGAUUUGGGCCAGGCUCAGCUUGGAGCGACGGAGUUGCCUCCAGGAGCAGCUGCUGGCUGCUGCUGAGCAACCUGACGCCUCAGAUUGAUGGCUCCACACUGAGGACGAUCUGCAUGCAGCACGGUCCCCUACUCACCUUCCACCUGGGCCUGACCCAGGGCAGCGCUCUGAUUCGCUACAGCAGUCGGCAGGAGGCAGCCAAGGCCCAGGGGGCUCUUCACAUGUGUGUUCUGGGUAACACCACCAUCCUGGCAGAGUUUGUGGGUGAGGAAGAGGUCGCUCGUUAUUUUGCACAUUCCCAGGCCGGAGGAGCAGAGGGAGCGGGUUCAGGAACAGCAGCAGCCAGCGGGACGCAGGGUUCAUCUGCAGCUGGCACAGCUGUGGCCAGCAGUGGAGGCAGCUCCCCAGGGAGUGAGCGGGCGGCGGUGGGGGCAGCUUCAGGUGGAAACGGAAACAGCAGCGGUGGAGUGGAGGGAGGAUCGGGGAGUCUGGGUGCUGUGCGGUCCUCAGGCUCGGCCUGGCAAGGUCUUGACGGUACAGGAAGUUCUUCAGAAACCUCGUCAGCCCAGGGACCGGGGCUGGGCAUCUUCUCCCAGUGGGGCACCAACGGGGCGGGGGAAGGAGGGGGCGUGGAGGGAGCAGAGUCUGGGAGGUCUGGACUCUGGGGGGGCAUGACUACAGGAUACCCCAGCAGCAGCCUGUGGGGGGCGCCGCAGAUGGAGGAGAGGCACCAAAUGGACAGCCCUGCAGCACUGUUGCCUGGCGACCUGCUGGGGGGCGGAGCUGAUUCUAUCUGAUGAUCCCUCCAUUUUUAUGUUGGUUUGGACACUGAGACAUCAUACACUGGGAAACAUAUGUACUUACUAUAGCACACACAGAUACAGACAUGCACACACAUGACUAGGGAUGGAGGUCAAAGCCACAUUUAUGUUUAGACCUGGUUCGGCACUUCUAAAAACCUGAAUGUCAUUGAGCUUAUCGAUACUGCUAUUGAGUCUUCUUAAGUCAAAUUAUGUCAACAAAAAUGGGAUACCUUCCGCUGUGUAUGGGUUAAAUAAAACUUCAACUGUUGCUGCAUUUACCAUCCAGAAAUUGGUUUUCCCUGCUGCAGGACAGUCAUCCUCCCAGUCCACUUAAAUAAGCCAUGGUACAUGCUCUCAAACUUUGUAACAUGCCGCAUUGAUUAAAAUUAAUCCAGUGUUGAACUUGAAUUUACAGUUCCAGAUCGGGGAGGUUCUGGCUAAAUUUGGAGUGGCAAAAUAAUCUUAUCAACACCUCACACUUCAAGAUUAUCUGGGGAAAAGAUCAUGCGAGAAACCUCAAAUAAGGUUUCUGAUUGUUGGGAAGGCAAAAUUGGCCUAAGUUGGGCUUAAAGUUUAAUGUUUACAAUUCCAGAUCAGGGAGCCCCGAAUCGAUUUAGGAACAGUAAAAUUAUCCUGUUGACAGUGCAGACAUAAGGGUUAUUUGGAAAAGUGAUUGGUUUCAGCAAGCCGUAAAUCUGGCCUCACAUUAUCAGGGGUUAAACAGCCUUAAACUGUAACUAAAACUUGACAUUUAGAAUUACAGAUUGGAGAAGCGUUGACCUAACUUGGAGCCGUAAAAUAAUCAUACUGACACCAAAGACUUGAAGAUGAUUUAGACAAAAUCUGUUGCAAAAGCCCUGAAUUGGGCCUCUCUAAUCGUUGGUUGGGUGAAAUGGGCCCAAAAUUGGGCUUAAAAUUUGAUAUUUAGGAUUCCAGGUUGGGGAAGCUCUGAACUGGAUUAGGAGCAGUAGAAUAAUCAUUUACACCUCAAACUUGAGCACUAUUUAGAUGGAUAAUCGCUUUCGGCAAGCCUUAAACCACCUUUCUGAAUGUGGGGAAAGCAAAAUUGGCCUUAAAUUGGGCUUAAAAUGUAAUCGUUACGAUUCCAGUUUAGGGAGGCUCUGAGUGGACUGGAAGCAGUAAAACAUUAAUAUUGAACCACACAAUUGAGGCAUUUUGACAGUUAAUCUGUUGCAAAAACCCUUAGAUCAGGUCUAGUCUUUCAGAUCAUUUGAGGGGGGGUAAAAUAGGCCAGAAAUUGCGCUUAGCAUUUGAUACGUAGGAUUCCAGAUCGUUGAAGCUCUGUCUAGAUUGGAAACCAUCUAAUCAUAUUGACACCAUGCACUUGAGGAGAAUUUAGACAACAACAAGCCUCAAAUAAAGUCUCACCUCUCUGAUCAUAAGGGGGUAGCACAGGCCUUUAGUUGGGCUAAACAUUUGAUAACUGAAGUUCUAGGUUGGGGAGGUUCUGACUAGGUUUGGAGCAGUAAAAAAAAUCAUAUUGGCACCACACACUGAUUCUUGGUGAGGUAAAACGGACUGAGAUUAGAUUUAAAAUUAGAUAUUUACAAUUCAAGAUCAGGGAAGCUCUGACUUGAUUGGGAGCAGUAAUCUAAUCAUAUUGACCAAACAGAUAAGGCAGAUAAGGAGUAUCGUAGGGGGACAAAACUAGCUAAACAGUGGGCUUGAAAUUGAUCAUUAAGAAUUCAAGAUCUGGGAAGCUCUUACUUGAUUUGGAGCUGUAAAAUAAUCAUAUUGACCCAACACAGAUAAGGAGUAUUUGGACAAAUAAAAAAGAUGCGAGACACCUUAAAUCAGGUUUAUCUCUCUGAUCGUUGGGAAGGCAAAACUGGCUUAAUUUUUUUUUUGUAUGAUUCCAGAUUGGGGAAGCUCUGACUUGAUUGGGAGCAGUUAAGUAAUCAUAUUGACCCGACAGAUGAGGAGUAUUUGGACAAAUAAUCAGACACAAGACGCCUUGAAUUAAGUGUCCCCUUUUUGAUCGUUUGGAAGGCAAAAUUGGCCUAAAAAUCGUAUUUUUAUGAUUCCAGAUUGGGGAACCUCAGGCUUAAUUUGGAGCAGGAAAAUGAUCAUAUUGAUACCACACACUUGAUGAUUACUUGGACAAAUAAUUGGUUGCAUGAAGCUUCAAAUGGUGUCUCUCCUCUCUAAAUUUGUUAGAACAGCAAAAUUGAUCUAAAUUGGGCUUAAAAUUUGAUUUUUGUGAUUCCAGAUCAAGAAAUGGCUUGAUUAGGAGCUGUGAAAUCACACAUUUGAUGAUUACCAAGACAAAUAAUUGGCUGCAUCGAGCCUCGAAUUGAGUCUCGUCUCUCUGAUUGUUGGGAAGGCGAAAUUGGCCCUAAAUUGGGCUUAAAAUUUGACAUUUACCAUUCCAGAUCGGGGAUGUUCUGACUGGAUUUGGAGCAGUAAAUUAACCAUAUACACUCAUCACACUUGAUGAUUAGUUGGACAAAAAAAAUCGGUUGACAUCUGAUCGAUAUGGGCAGUUAAUUGGCCCUCAAAUUGGGCAUAAAUUAUGAUAUUUCCGAUAUUGCCUCUGAUCAUUCUGAAGGGCCAAAUCUGGGCUAAAAUCAGCCUCAAUAUCGCCUCAUGUCUAGCCAGCAUUACCCAGACUUCUCUCUGCUUAUACCAGUAGUUAAAAUGUGUUGCUGUCCUAUCUUGACACCAAAUAAUAAAGAAGAAUUGAUAGUGGUGUCAAUAAGCACUGAGAUUAUUAAGGAUUAGGGUUAUCAACAUCAGUAAAAACAAACGAUCCCCAUCCCUACAUCUGACAUACAUCGACAUGGUAUGCAUAUUAAUGUAACACACAUGGACACACACAUCUUAUAUGCAUAUUAAUGUGCACACACGUAAAGCAGAAAUGUGAGACAUGUAUACACAUUCUUGUGGCCAGACUUAAGCUAUUCUCUAAACAAAUGCAGGGACUGUUAAAUGUGUAUACAGCCUUUUUCCACAGAUGAAGAUUUCAACUGCUUAGACUUGAAACCUGAACCAGAAUGAACCGUCAGUUGGUCUGAAAGACUCGACUGGAUUUCUAUGUGCUCAGUAGAUAGCGGACUUUUGAACAGAUUUACAUAGAAACAUGCACACACCAAAUACAGACAAGCCUUGAGACAGAUGGGCACUGUAAACAGCAUUACCUUCAUCGUAUAACUUCAAACUACUACAUGAUGUGAGGUUUAAGUGCAGUUUUGUAUUCACGUCCCCUUAAAAGACGGAAUCCAAACACAUGCAAACAGCUCUGAGUGAAAACAGAACUGUAUCUUACUGUGUAUGUUCACUUAGUUAUUUUUCUGUUUGUUUGUAUGUAUGGUUUUAAUUUUUGAACAGUGAAAAUAUUGAAAAAUGUCAUUGUUCUGUUUUCAAAAUGCUGACCUCCUACUGUUGUAUCUCAUGCACUCUUUCUCUGUUUUUCUCUUUUGAACAUGUUUGUUACUGUUGCAGUGAUAAAUGUUAAAUUGCUGGCAGUUUGAGGCUAUGUUGCAUUUCUCCACGUGUCGAUACUGUUUGUAGUAUCAAACAUAUGGACAUGAGUAUGAAUGAGACUGAGACCAAGUAGAGACACCACAGUUGUGUGAAUGUGUGGAUAAUGUGUGCGUGUGCAUGUUACUGCCUGUCAUAAUGUGGGCACGGCUGCUUACUAUACAGAAGGUCUAUACAAAUGUUUGAGUGCAUUCGGUAUACUGCUGACUGUGUGUUCACAAAUAUUGGCACUAAUGCUUUUUUUUCUCUCAUUUGAAGUUGUGUUUUUUUAGCAGAUUGUCUUUUUUAUUGUCCGACCUGCAAUAAUAAAAAAGAACAUUUUAAUGACACAAAGAGCUGAAGGCAUAUGCGUUGAGAAAAUGGACAUGCCAAAUCUUAUCAAACUGUGUGGAGUGUGUGGGGGGCCGGGG